AUGGCUACAGCUAACUUUUCUAAACGUGCUACUUACUUAGACGAGCAGUUCCGCAACACUUAUGACUCUGACAACACUGUUUUUUCACCCCAAGGUCGUCUCCACCAAGUCGAGUAUGCUCUGGAAGCUGUCAAGCAGGGUUCAGCUGCCGUAGGCUUGCGUUCGAAAACCCACUCAGUUCUCCUGGCACUCAAAAGGUCUACUGGAGAACUUGCAUCGUACCAACAGAAGAUGUUCAGAAUAGACGAUCAUGUCGGGAUUGCGAUUGCUGGUUUGACUUCCGAUGCGCGGGUCCUCAGUAACUUCAUGCGGCAGCAGGCCAUGUCCUCAAAGAUGGCUUUCAAUCGUCCAGUACCCGUGAACCGUCUCGUUUCCGCAAUUGCCGACAAGGCCCAGGUGAACACCCAGGAAUAUGGGAGGCGUCCGUACGGUGUUGGGUUCCUCGUCAUAGGACAAGAUAAAUCGGGUCCUCACCUAUAUGAAUUCUCGCCAUCUGGGAACUCGUACGAAUACUACGCAAUGUCGAUUGGAGCGAGAAGCCAGAGUGCAAAAACAUAUCUGGAGAAGCAUUACGAGAGUUUCGCAGAUUGCUCAUUGGAAGAUCUUAUCAAACAUGGUCUACAUGCCCUCCGUGAAACUCUACAGCAGGACAAAGAUCUCAAUGUCAAUAACACAUCCAUUGGUAUUGUAGGAGCUCCGAGCGUACAUGAAAAUACCACUGGUAUCAGUUUCCGUAUCCUAGAGGGCGAAACCAUACAGCCAUUCCUUGACACAAUGGUUCCCAAAGAUGUACCUGCUACUGCUCCUGCACCAGCAGCAACUACUGACGAAGAUGUGCAAAUGACGGAAUGAAGAUGAUCGUUCUGCAUAUUUCCAUCUCGUUGUAUUCCGUACGAAACUUAAUCAAGGCCCAUGACAUAUAGUGAUAUGUGUACUUAAGCUUGGCCUCAUUGGUGAUAAGUGACAAAUGGAUACAGCUGUUUACCAACGAGAAUUAAACCUCAUCGCCCCUUCUUUUCUACACGCCACUCUUUGAAAAUACCGUCCAAGCUUUUAUAAAUAAGAUGUGAAGGAAGACAGCGGAUUAUUUCCCCAAUCCGUUCGUCAACUUCCUUCUUCCCAUUCUCACCCGAAGCUCUCGUGGCGUAUUCGGUGCUCAUUUGGUACA